UUUACUUAAUUUACUUCCUUUUUUUUUCUUCAAAAUUUAACAACAAAAAUGCCUUUAAUAGCUCUAUUUAACGGUCGCAAUAAUCAUGCGCGCCGUGUACAAGAUCCUCCACCACCACCAUCAACAAUAAUUACGCAUCAAUUCCAAACAGAUGAAGAGAAUCAUCGACAAGAUCCUCAUGUUUCACCUGUAACAAAAAUUACGCAUCAAUCUCAAACAAAUCAAGGUCGUCAGAACGGUCCCUCACGUGAAUUUUACCUUCAAACCCCUAGAUCACUCAUAGCACCAUCACUAUCAUUUCCACGUGAACCUCAAUCUAUAGCACAAAUUGAGUACAAAGCAACUCAAGAGGCACAUAUUUUUAAGGCUAAUUUGCAUGGAUACAAAAAAGAAGAAGUGAAGGUACAAGUGGAAAAUAACAAAGUCCUAAAGAUUAGUGGGGAGAAAAGAAUAGUACAAAAAGAAUAUGAUAAUUGGCACCAUUUUCAGAGAAGAAAUGGGAAUUAUUUUACUGCUUUUAAUUUGCCUGAGGAUGCUAAGGUUGAUAAAGUGAAAUCAUCAAUGGAAAAUGGAGUGCUUGUUGUCACUGUUCCUAAGAAGGGAGCCAAGAAAUCUAGAACAUUUUUUUUCAAAUAAUAUAUUUAUAGUAUAUUUUUAUCUUUCGUGUUAGAAAAAAUAAUGAGUUCAGUUGAAUCGUUGAUCAAGAGAUACAUCAACAUUAAGUUAUUGAGUAAUGGAUUAAGCAUGCUUAUGUAAUAGCUAGUAGUAGCUACUCAUAAUAAAGGGUUUUUUUUUUCAUAA